GAGUGUGGAUGCGCCGCUCUUUCCGCAGAUUCCACACCCACGUGGCUGUCAGUCUGAAGUUUCUAUGUGAAGGAUUCCUUUGAGUCGAAAUGCAUUUAUUGCCAGGAUAAGGCAAUCUGCAUCUCCUGGAUGCAAUAAAAAGUGUAUGAUUUCAUGUUGAUUAAUAAUUUCUUGAAAUCACUAACAAAUUCUAGAUAUCCCUUUCAAUAGUGGCAUUAGCGAACAAAAGUUGUAAAUAAUGAAGACGGCAAACAGAAGAAACGCUGAUGACUCGAAGCUGGACAUGAAGCUGACCAUGAGGAUGAUGGUGGUGGCCGGAGUCUUCCAGGCUCUGCUGGCGCCAGCGCUUGCUGACCUCCAGCCCGGAAUGCCUCACGUGUGCGAGUACCAGAGGAAGGAGACCGUGGAGGUGCGGGUGCCGAGCGUGAGGGCCUUCACCGCCACCGUCAGGGUAUACCGGCCGGGCUGCUUCCUCAACACUCCGGCCUGCGUCACCCACGAGAGGAGGACGCAGUACAAGACGGUGCACCAGACGCAGAAGGAGACAGUGACCAAAAGCAUCUACCGCUGCUGCCCUGGAUGGGACUCGCAGAAAGCUUCCAACGAGUCAACGGUUGGAGACGGCGAGGAAAAGCAGGUCGACGACGGGGAAGCCGAGGACGCGGGCUGCAUCCUCCAGCAGGCAGCGGAAGGCGAUCGCACGACAAGCAUCACUCACGAAGGCCGCACUUACUACCUGGUGGAGGAGAAGGCCCUGAGGGACGCCUCCACUACCGCCGCCUCUCCUGAAGGACUCUCGCCCCUACAGGAACCGCUCCCGACGCUCAAGAGUUACCACCGCCUCCACGAAGUGCGCAAGACGACCUCGCGCGAGACAGGUUCCUCGUCCACGGUGCGCCGACAUCGCAGCCACCACCAGCGUAGUCGUCGGCGCCACCACGGCCACGAGCGACGUCAUCACACUCGCCACCACAAGCAGUCUCGGGACUGGGCACCGCGGUCAAGCCUCGACCCGAUUGUGCGCGCGAGGACGACCUACAAGUAUGGCAACGACUCUCGCCAUCACCGCCGGAGGACCCACGACCCGCGCAACGACGUGUACGACGCCUACAGCUACACCAUCAUUCUUACUGACAGAAAAGACAAGACCGGGCGGCGCACGGGCGGGCGUGAUUCUGACCUGCGGGCGCAGGCGUCGCGGGCGGAGGAGGUGGUCACCAGCGUCCCCGGAAUGUCCUUCGCUGGGUGUGGGCGUAUCUUCUGCUACAACGGUGGGCGCUGUGUCUACAACCGCUGCAUCUGUCCUCGAGGGUUCUACGGAUCGCGCUGUCAGUAUGACCGCGACGAAUGCCUGGUCGACAACGGCGGCUGCGACCACCUCUGCAAGAACACGCUGGGCUCCUUCAUGUGCUGCUGCUCGCCCGGGUUCAAGCUGCUGCAGGACAAGCGCUCCUGCCAAGACAUUAACGAGUGCGAGUUCCACAACGGUGGCUGCUCGCACCGCUGCAUUAACAACCCCGGUUCGUACGAGUGCCGCUGCGAGCAGGGCCAGAGGCUGCUGCCCGACGGAAGGACGUGCCUGGACACGGACGGAUGCAGCGUGGACAACGGCCGCUGCGACCACUAUUGCGACGACUCCUCCGGCCGGGUCGUCUGCUCCUGCCGGCGAGGAUACCGCCUGGGUCGCGACAGCCGGCGCUGCGAGGCAGUAGAUCCCUGUCUGGUCGACAACGGGGGAUGUCAGCACAGGUGCGAAGCCAUGGACAGGCGGCCGCAGUGCACCUGUCCUGAAGGCCUAAAGCUGGCCGACGACCAGCGCACCUGCAUCGACGUUGAUGAGUGUCAAAUGCCAGGCAUCUGUAGUCAGCAGUGUCGCAACACCUGGGGCUCCUACACAUGCUUAUGCAACACCGGCUAUCAACUAGGAACCGACCACAAAUCUUGCUACAUGAUCGACAUGGAGGUCAUUAAUUCGUGUCUGGAGAACAACGGCGGCUGCGAGCACAUGUGCCGGCACGCUGCAGGAGGCGCCGAGUGCAGCUGCCACGCCGGCUACCUGUUGCAGCCGGAUCUCAGGUCGUGUCAGGACAAUAACGAAUGCGAGACGGGGAGCCACCGGUGCCAGCAAGAGUGCGUCAACACGGCGGGAGGCUACGUGUGCGCCUGCCGCCAGGGCUUCACGCUCAGCGCCGACGGAUUCUCGUGCGAAGAUGUGAACGAAUGCGCGCAGGAGAACGGCGGCUGCGAACACAAGUGCAGGAACUCCCAGGGAUCCUUCGCGUGCUCGUGCAGGCCCGGCUACCUCCUGGUCGACCUGACGCACUGUGACAUGAUAGAUUACGACUACGGCGACGACUACAGUUCCCACAGCUCGCGCGGGGACAUGGACCUGCAGCCGGACGCCGACGACGACGCCACGGUGCUGGAGGAGGCCACGUCGCACACGCACGAGGCCCUCAACGUCGUCACGUACGCGGAGCAGGCCAGGAUCACGACCAUACACACGCGUGAGUCCCAGGAUACUUCGGGCCGAACUGCACGCUAACUUGCCGCGACUGCCCCGGGGAAUGUGACAAGGAGGGCGAAGGAUGCCUCUGCGAGCCUGGCAGGACAGGGCCGACCUGCGGUGCCCCUUGUCCCGAGGGCUUCUACGGUGCAGGCUGUAACGAGGUGUGCAGGUGUGAGAACGGAGGCACUUGUGAUUCUGUGAGCGGCAAAUGCACUUGCCCUCCAGGCGUGUCUGGAGAAUUCUGCGAGGAUGGCUGCCCGGCUG